CUGUCAUUGGCGUGCGGUGAGUGGUGGAUUCUGGGAAGUUCUUGUUGCUCGUUUUCCUCGCAUUUUAGUCAAUUUUAGUAGGAAAAAUGUCUGAAGAGCACCGUCUCACGCAUCGAUCGAAGAAGCGUGUGCGGGAGACGAAGCGAAAAGCUCGCCCGGAGCUCAACGACAAGGGUGCUUGGAACCAGCUGGGGUAUGCGGACAACUUUGAGCCCUUCCAUCAAUUCACGGACAACGUGGAGCGCAUCACGGCACGUGAAGUGGAUUGCCAAGAGUUCAUCCGGAAGUUCGAGGCGCCCUACAAGCCCGUGGUGGUGCUGGGCCUGCAGGAGGGCUGGAAGGCGCUGGAGAAGUGGACGAUGCAGCGCCUGGCGAAGAAGUACAGGAACCAGCGCUUCAAGUGCGGCGAGGACAACGAGGGGUACAGCGUGAAAAUGAAGAUGAAGUACUACAUCGAUUACAUGCGCACCACUCGAGACGACAGCCCGCUGUACAUCUUCGACAGCGGCUUCGGCGAGCACCACCGUCGCCGGAAGCUGCUGGAGGACUACAUCGUGCCAAAGUAUUUCCGAGACGACCUGUUCAAGUACGCCGGCGAGCGUCGUCGGCCGCCGUACAGGUGGUUUGUGAUGGGCCCCGAGCGCUCGGGCACGGGCAUCCACAUUGAUCCGCUGGGCACGAGUGCCUGGAACGCCCUGGUGGAGGGACACAAGCGCUGGUGUCUCUUCCCCACGCACACGCCCAAGGAGCUGCUCAAAGUCACGAGCAGCGACGGCGGGAAGCAGCGUGACGAGGCCAUCACGUGGUUCCGGGUGAUCUAUCCAAAGACGAAGGAGCCUUCCUGGCCGCAGGACUGCAAACCGGUGGAGAUUCUCCAGAAUCCCGGCGAGACGGUGUUCGUUCCCGGCGGCUGGUGGCAUGUGGUGCUAAAUCUCGACGACACGAUCGCUGUGACGCAGAAUUUCUGCAGCAAAACGAAUUUCCCGGUGGUGUGGCACAAGACGGUGCGCGGGAGGCCGAAGCUGUCCCGGAAGUGGUACAAGGUGCUGCAGGAGAAGGAGCCCGAACUGGCCAAGUUGGCAUCCGAGGUGAACUUGCAGCAGAGCACUGGCGUGGCUUCCGACAGCUCCAGCAACUCCAGCUCCUCGUCAUCCUCGAGUUCCGAGUCAAGUGAAGAGGACGACAGCGAAUCCAAGUCCUCAGACAGUGGCCAAGAGAGUCUCACUGCCCAUAAGAAGAAGAAGCGACGACUGCACACUGAGGACGGGAAUACUUGCAAGUAGAUAUUCGUAUUUGUGUCCCGGGAUAUUUUAUAUAAUCAUACACCGACAAUAUGAAUUAUUCUGAAUUAAAUAUUACAAUGAUUAUCAAGAAGAUCAAAACACAAAAGUGUAGCGAUCGUCUAACC